AUGGCCUCGCAUGCUGAACAGGCUAAAAAAAAGCGUUUCGAAUGCAUUCGUCGUAUCGGUUUCGUCACUGAGUUGUGGACACCUGAGAAUAGACUUUUGUCCGCAUCAAUGAAGCUAUUGCGUAGAUCUAUAAGCGCUAAAUACGAAAAAGAGAUUGAUGAAUUGUUCGCUGAUGUUUGA